GGCCUUGAACCAGAAGCCGCAGCCUCCAUGGAAGCAAAGCAAAGCAAAGCUCAGCUUCCCCCCGCGGCACGCUCGCCGCUGUCACUCGCGGCCGGGCACGCGCUCUCGGCUUCACUGCCCACCGUCCAAAUAACUAAUAGCUAAAACAAGAACGCUAGCUGAACUAUUGAUUGAUGAACGCCGGUGUAUAAAUACUACCCUCCGUGACGGCCGAGCUUGCCUGCCACCACACACCAAGAGCAAAGGAGGACCGAUGGCGCUGCGCGACGUGCUGCUGUCGGUGGCGCAGACGCCGCACCGGCUGCGGCGGAGGGCGCUGGUGACGUGGACGCCGGCGCAGGAGCUCAACGAGGUGCGCGACCGGUCGGGCGCGCGCAUGGCGCGGCGGCUCGAGUGGUACGACCUCGUGGGGCUCGGCGUGGGCGGGAUGCUCGGGGCCGGCGUCUUCGUCACCACCGGCAGGGUGGCCCGCGACACGGCCGGCCCCGCCGUGUUCGCCUCUUACGUCGUCGCCGGCGUCUCCGCGCUGCUGUCCUCCUUCUGCUACGCCGAGUUCGCCGUCCGCGUCCCCGUCGCCGGCGGCGCCUUCAGCUACCUCAGGGUAACCUUCGGCGAGUUCGUGGGGUUCUUCGGGGGCGCCAACAUCCUAAUGGAGUACGUGCUGUCGAACGCGGCGGUGGCGAGGAGCUUCACGGACUACCUGGCGUCGACGUGCGGCGUCACGGAGCCCAACGCGUGGAGGGUCGAGGUGGAGGCCAUCGCCAAGGGCUACAACGCGCUCGACUUCCCAGCCGUCGCGCUCAUCCUCCUCCUCACCGCAUGCCUCUGCUACAGCACCAAGGAGAGCUCGACGCUGAACAUGGUGCUCACGGCGUUCCACCUGCUCUUCUUCGCCUUCAUCAUCGUGGCCGGCUUCUGGAACGGCAGCGCGCGCAACAUGGUGACGCCCGACGGGCUGGCGCCCUACGGCGUCCGGGGCGUCCUCGACGGCGCGGCCGUCGUCUACUUCAGCUACAUCGGCUACGACUCGGCGUCCACCAUGGCCGAGGAGAUCAGGGACCCCGCCCGCGCGCUGCCCGUCGGCAUCGCCGGCUCCGUGCUCAUCGUCUCCGCGCUCUACUGCCUCAUGUCCGUCGCGCUCUGCGUCAUGCUGCCCUACACCGACAUCGCCGAGAGCGCGCCCUUCUCGUCGGCCUUCAGGGACAAGGCCGGGUGGAGGUGGGCGAGCAGCGUCGUCGGGGCCGGCGCCAGCAUCGGCAUCGUCGCCUCGCUGCUGGUGGCCAUGCUGGGGCAGGCGAGGUACCUGUGCGUCAUCGCCAGGGCGAGGCUGGUGCCGGCGUGGCUCGCCAAGGUCCACCCUUCCACCGGCACCCCUAUGAACGCAACCAUCUUUCUAGGACUCUGCACGGCAUCAAUCGCGCUCUUCACUGAGCUGCAGAUAGUGUUCGAGAUGAUAUCAAUCGGAACCCUCCUGGCCUUCUACCUGGUGGCCAACGCGCUCAUCUACCACCGGUACGCCAAGGUCGGCGCGACACGGCCGCUCCACGUCCUCCUCUUCCUGCUGCUCCUGACGCUGAGCUCGGUCGGCUUCUCCCUCGCGAGGAGGAUCGACGGGAAGUGGCGAUGGGGGAUGGCAUUGUUCGGAGCGACGUCGGUGGUGGUCGUUGCAAUCUUCCACUGCACAGCGCGACAGGGCGUGGCCGGGCCACCGUCGGAGUGGACGGUUCCGAUGAUGCCAUGGCCGGCUGCCGCGUCCGUCUUCCUGAAUGUGUUCCUCAUGACAACCCUGAAGGUGAGGUCCUUUCAGAGGUUCGGCAUCUGGAGCCUGGUGAUCACCAUCUUCUACGUGUGCUACGGGGUGCACUCCACAUACACGGCGGAGGAAAAUGAGAUUGUCAAUGCAAUGAUUCAUGACGGCAAUGCAGACAUAUUAUCUUAGCGAUUAGCGUCGUAACAAUAAUAACAUGGACAUAAGCUUACCUGUCUCCUUGGAAAUGUCCAUUGCCUUGCCCUAAAAAAGAUGCGGGCAAAAGGGAGGUCGCUUUAGCUUUAUUAGGUUAAUCCCUUCUUUUCCUGCUUUUGUGCUUGCUCACUGGCCAAAACUGUUUGCCUGUAACUUUGCUUUUUCUCUAGGCAUAUAUGCAGGAUAGUGCAGGGCAUGUGGCUGUUUGAUCAAA